UUGCAUGACCUAAACACUGACGCAUUGCAUGCAGAUGAUCUUUGGGAAGUGCCUUCCUGUUGCACAUUGCUUGCGGGGGGGGGGGGGGGAACGAUACAAGAAGAUGGUUUUUUCUGGUGUCUAGGGAAAAGAAGGCGAGGCUAGUGGUGCAAACAGGGCAGGAUUUCUGUCUGCAUCACCAGCUCCCUUGAAGCCUCUCAGCCCUAUUUUCCUGCCUCUUUCUUUCAGUUCUUCAAGAGCUGAGUCCAGGAAGUGUCCUCUGAUGUCCUCCUGUUUCUCUGCCCAGGAUGGUGACCAUUGAAGACCUUCCCGAAAUUGUCCUGGUGGAGAUCCUGUCUUGGGUCCCAAGGAAGGAGCUGAUCCUCAACUGCCGGCUGGUUUGUUCAUGUUGGCGAGAUCUGGUGGACCUCCCUUUCCUUUGGAAGCGCAAAUGCCAACGGAUGGGCUUCUAUCCAGAGACAUCAAGUGACACCUUCCAAGACUGGAGGACCCUCUGCUUUCUUAAAUGCAUCAGGAACUUAGUCAAGAACCCUUGUGGAGAAGAAGGCUUGUAUUUCUGGUACUUGGAUUGGAACAGGUGGACCGCCAGUCUGGAGAUCAUGCCAACCGAACGCAUACAACUAGAGAGACUCUAUAACUACAAGUGUUGCAUACCGAUGCCUCGUCCUCCCCAAGAUAUCCAGAGAUGCUUUAUCUUCACCUGUCAAAAAAGCUGCAGUUCAGAGUAUGCUUACAAGGGACAACACAUCUGCUUACGUGAGAAGGGCUACUCAGACCGGCUGAUGGAUGAGUUCAGGCCCAUCAUCCGGGUGAAGGCCUGGCACUUUCCUACCUGUCCGAGCUUUCCUUGUAGACUUGUUGUAAGGCUUAUGUCCGAUGACUUUGAGAUCCUUCAGGAAUGCUGUAAAGAAAAUGAUAUGUUCAACUGCUGGAGAGAGCUUUUGCAUACCUUUGACGAUUACCCUCCUGGAGUUCGCAUCAUUAUGGUGGAACAUGAAGGCUACACUUGGAAUUAUUUGAAGAUCACCGGUACCAGCAUCAUCCUCGACCCAGAAGAAACGGUACCAAGAGAACCCCAGGCACCGACUCCCCUAAAUCUUCCCAAAAAGCCUUCUUUUUUCUCCUGCAUCUCUUCUCCUCUGCAAUUCUUGAAAAGGCAAAAAAAUACCUCCUAGCUUACAGGCUCUCAUUUCCCCAAAAGGUUUUCUCUGAAGCUUUGUGUGUCCAUCUCCUCUUCAUUUAUGAGACCUAUUAUUAUGAUGAUUAUUAAAGUGUAUUUAUAUAGCGCCGCCAUUGGCCAGAAAACACACAAAGUGUCCUCUUUAGCACAGCGGAGUUAGGCACCGGUAAGAUUUCGGUCACUGGAAGAAAACCCCAGGAAAGGGUUUGCCUUUGCCCUUCCAGCAAACAAAGCAACACAAAGAGUUCGCUGUGGCGAUAGCAUUGGAAAGAUUUAGGACGGAGCUGAGCAAUUGUGGGGGGCUAAAGGGUUUUAGGCACUUAGGGGGCCUAUGAGAGGCUUAGCAAUCCUGGAAGAUAUUGUGAUAUUAUGGACUUUUGGGGAGAGAAUGUUGCACUGAUUGGAUAGUUAGGGAUGCACCGUGUAGUAGAGCUUGUAAGGUAAGGAUCUGUCAGGAGUGAACGAAUGGGAUGCUGGGAGCGAGUGGCGAUUGGUGAAAUGGCUGAAAGGAAUCAAAUAAGGCCAGUGAUUGACAGAUGAGGAGUGACAGCUGGGUCCGUUGAGGGUGGGAUUAGGAGUCUGAGUAGACUUAGGCCUCAUUCCCAUUUGCAAAAAAAAAGCGGUUUGCGAUCCGAAUCGAUGGAUCGAUUUGACAGCGGAGCAUGGUUCCCACUACAUUUGCCCCGAUCGCAUUUCCCCCCUCUAAAAUAACCCAGUUGUGGCUCACAUUCACAAAUGAAUCGGUUCCAAAUGGACCUGCUCCAGCCGGCCAAAGGGCAAAUUUAAAUUGAUUCUGAUCUGCAACUAGUUCACAUUUGCGUGGAAUCGGUUUAUCCAAAAAGACGCAGAAAACACGGGUUAAAUGAGUCUGGAGUGUUGCUGAAUCCCUUCAGUGAUUCGAUUGAAGUGGGAACCAGGGUCAUUUGAACUGAUUCAAACUGAAUUACGAUCCGGUUUAAAAGGUAGUGGGAAUGAGGCCUUAGUCAGGGUCAGAGGCAAGUUAGCAUCAGGGUUGGAGUUAACUAGGAGAGGAGUGUGAGAAAGAGUGAGAGAUGUGAUUCAGAUGCAUUAAGUACAUAAUCUCUGGUUUUAUGCUUCUAUUUAAUAAAUCUAUUAUUGCUGCUGCU